UGUAUCCUAGUGUUUUUCACGAACCUAACCCAGAAAAUGGUGGUUUUAUGCAAUUUACUCUGUCGUUCGUCGGCCCGGCCCCGUGCACCGGCCUCGCGGCGCUUGCCCGCAAGUACGGCUCCAUCAUGUAUCUGCGGAUGGGCACCUGCGGCGUGGUGGUGGCGUCGUCGCCGUCGGCCGCGCGCACGUUCCUCAAGGCGCUGGACGCGUGGUUGGCGAACCGGCCGGCGGUGGCCAGCGCGGUGGACAUCACGUACGGGCGCCAGAACAGGGUGUUCGCCGACUACGGGCCCAAGUGGAAGCUGAUGCGGAAGCUGUCGAGCGUGCACCUCCUCGGGGCGCGCGCCGUCGCUAACUGGGCGGGCGUGCGCCGCGACGAGGCCGGCCGCUCCCUGCUCGGCAUGGCGGAGGCCGCGGAGGCCGGGCGGGCCGUGGUGGUGCCGGAGGUGCUGGUGUGCGCGCUGGCCAACAUCGUGGGGCAGAUCACGGUGAGCAAGCGGGUGUUCGACGCGCAGGGGGACGAGUCCAGCAGCUACAAGGAGAUGAUCGUGUCGCUGCUGACCGGCACGGGGAUGUUCAACAUCAGCGACUUCGUGCCGGCGCUGUCGUGGCUGGACCUGCAGGGGGUGCAGGCCAGGCUGCGCCGGGUGCACCGCCAGUUCGACGGGCUCAUCACCAAGCUGCUGGCGGAGCACGCGGCGACCGCCGAGGAGCGCGCCCGGGAGGGCCGGCUCGACUUCGUGGACAGGCUCCGCGCCAGCAGCAAGGACGGCGACAAGGACGCCGACGGCGAGACCAUCACCGAGGUCAACAUCAAGGGCCUCAUCUUCGACAUGUUCACGGCCGGCACGGACACAUCAUCGAUCAUCGUGGAGUGGGCAAUGGCGGAGAUGAUCAACAACCCGUCUAUCAUGGGGCGCGCCCAGGAGGAGAUGGACCGUGUCAUCGGCCUUCACCGCCGCCUCGAGGAAUCCGAGAUCGCCAACCUCCCCUACCUGCAGGCCAUAUGCAAGGAGGCGAUGCGCCUGCACCCCUCCACACCGCUCAGCCUGCCGCACUUCUCCUUCAAGGAGUGCGAGGUGGACGGCCACCACGUCCCCGCCAACACGCGGCUCCUCAUCAACAUCUGGGCCAUCGGCCGCGACCCGGCGGCGUGGGAGGACCCCCUGGAGUUCCGGCCAGAGCGGUCCCUGUCCGGGCCGGCGGCCAAGAUUGACCCGAUGGGGAACAACUUCGAGCUGAUCCCGUUCGGCGCCGGCAGGAGGAUAUGCGCUGGGAAGCUGGCCGGAAUGGUGUUUGUGCAGUACUUCCUGGGAACGCUGGUGCACGCGUUCGAGUGGCGGUUGCCGGACGGCGAGGAAAAGGUGGAUAUGGCCGAGACCUUCGGGCUGGCACUGCCCAAGGCCGUCCUGCUCAAGGCCGUCGUCACGCCGCGGCUCGUGCCGGCUGCGUACGCGUGA